AUGCCUCCAAGUAACAUAUUACCGCUUAUUAAUGAAAAUACUGCCAAUGAAUUUCGAAUGGAAGAUUACGACCUAGACCCUGUGACCGGAUUUCUCCCUUCGACACCUCCUCUAGAACGUUUACCUGGUACUUUUUAUGAGCCAUGGGAACAACUAAUAGACAAUUUUCAUGAUUUAAUAUUAACAGGAAGAUUCAGAAGUUCAGUGGACAAAAUGCCAGUUUUGGAUACCAGCUGUCUUGCCACACCAGCGGAGUAUCGUCGAGCGUUCUUAGUAUUGUCCUUUUUAGCCCACGGAUACGUGUGGGGGAGUUCCGAGAAAAUAUCUGACAGACUUCCAGCUUGUGUCGCGAUACCUUGGGUCAAAAUCUCGGAUCAUCUCGGUGUUGCACCUAUUCAGAACCAUGCAGCAGUUGUAUUGUGGAAUUGGCGAUUGAUUUUCAAAGACGAACCAUUUAGUCUAAACAAUCUCUCCACGUUGUUCACAUUCACAAAUUCCUUGGAUGAAUCAUGGUUUUAUCUUGUUACAACCGCCAUAGAGGGAUGUGGUGGGAGGGCCCUUUCUUCUAUAAUUACGGCAAUUAAUGCGGUUAACGUUGGAGAUAACAAUCAACUCCUAAGAGCCCUCAAAGAAAUUGGUUCUAUAAUUAAAGAGAUAAUCGAAAUUCUUCAAAGAAUGUUCGAUAAAUGUGACCCAUAUGUCUUUUAUUGGAAGGUGCGGCCUUUUCUUGCUGGAUGGGAAAAUGAGGAUCAGUUACCACUAGGAUUAAUUUAUGAGGGGGCGGAUAAUAACGAUGAAUUUGGGAACCCAAUUUAUCGUAAAUAUGCAGGUGGCAGUGCUGGUCAGAGUGCUCUUAUUCAAGCUCUAGACAUUGCACUUAACAUCGAACACCAUCCUACGAAAUUUGAGCAAAAUAGCGGCAAUGAAUGCACAUCAAGCAGAAUCAAUGGAUGUUCUUUUUCCAAUAAUGCUCUCAAAUGUCCUUUAAAUAAGCAUGUCAAAUCACAACUACCCUAUCUACACAAAAUACGUCAAAAUAUGCCCGGUCCUCAUCGAAGAUUUCUCGAAGAUCUUACUAAGGUUGCUAAUAUUCGUAAUUACAUUACUUCAAAAGUUAACUAUGGUUCGAUUCGCGCAGUUUCUUUAUUGGAUAAAAUUGAGGAUGUAAAUAAUUUGGUUCAGGCGUAUAACGAUUGCCUGAUUCAAAUGAAGAAUUUUAGAAGUAAACAUCUCCAAAUAGUUAGUGCUUACAUUGUGAUUCAAGAAAAUCGCAAAAGUUCGCACGUCAAAUCUAUUCUUCCGCUUAACGAAGACUUUGGUGCAAAUACUGAGGAAAUUCAGUCAGCAACGAAGAAAUCUACCACCUCAAUUAAAAUGUUACGAUCAAUUAAAGGUACCGGUGGAACAAACCUAAUUCCAUUUUUAAAACAAAUGAGGGAUGAAACAGUAGCUCAAGAAAUUAUGGACCCGAUAGAAUAA